AUCUGAUAAAUUGAUGAUUUACAAUUAAAGCUAAAAGCCAACGACCAAUUAUCAGAAUGGAAAAUAAAAAUACCAUUAGUUCAUGGUCCAAAGAAAAAUUAGAAGAUCAAUACUUAAGAUUGUAUGAUGAUUAUUUAACAUUAAAAAAACAUGCAUGUAAACAAGAGGAUCGUAUUAAAAAAAUGGCAACUAAAAUUCUACGUUUAGCUAAUGAUAAGAAAGAAUCUGAUCCUGGAACUGUAUGGAAAGAAGAUUAUCAAGAACAAAUUGAAGUGUUAGAAAGGAAAAAUGCUACAUUAACACGUAAAUUAGCAUUAGUACAAAAUCAAUUGAACGUUCAAAAACAAAGAAUUGGCAGCGCACCUCUUUCAGCUAGAAAAGCAAGUUCUGCAACUAUUCAAACAACAAGCCGUAAUUCGUAUGUUGGUGAAAAAUCUAUGAACAAUUCUAAUGUUAUACAAACAUUACGCUUUCAAAAUUCUGCAUUUGAAAAAACUAUACAAAAAUUAUCUGAACAAUUAAAAGAACGUGAUGAAUUAAUAAAUCAAUUAAAACAAGAAUUACAAAUGAAAGAGAAAAUUCAUACAAAUGAUUUAUUUACACUUGGUGAACAAGUCACAUCAAAACAAAGAAUUGUUUUACAAGAAAAUCUUGAUUUAAUUCGUACACAAAGAGAAUUACGUGAAAAACAAUUAAUAAUUAAUAAUUUAGAAUCACGUAUUAAAGAAUCAGAAUCAAAUUAUAAUAUAUUAAAAUCAACAAAUCAUCAAUUAAUUAAUGAAAUUGAACGUUUAACACGUGAAUCAAGUCAAUUAGAACAAAAAUUAUUUCAUUUACAAUCAGAUAAUAAUUUAGCAUCAAAACAACAAUUGAAAAUUUUAGAACUUCAAUAUGCAUUUGACGAUGCAAAACGUGAAAAUCAAGCACUUAAAGAAUCAAAUGAAAAACUUAUAGCAAAUGCAUUUUCUAUAAAACCUGAACAAAAUUGGACAAUCAAAGAACAGAGAUUACGUGAACAAAUUGAUCAUUUAGAAAUGAUGGUACAUAAUUUACAACAACAAUUAAAACAAACUGAACAACAACAACAACAACCACAACAACCACCACCACCACCACCACAACAACAACAACAACAAAGAAAACAAUCAAUCGAAGAACAAAUUCUAUUGAAUAAACAUCAAUCUAAUCAAUUAGAAUGUGUUCCAUUGAAACAAGAUCAUUCAAAUGAACAAUCAACUGGAAUAAAAACAACAACAACAACAUCAACAACAACACAAAUGUUUGCACAAAUUACUGGAUUCACUGUUGAAGAACUGGAAGAUGCUAUUAUGAUGUUACGAGAGCGUAAAUCCAAAUCUCAAUCAGUUAAUGAUGAUCUACUACCGAAUGUAUUAGAUCAAAACAAAGAUUCAUUUAUGAAACAAUUAAAUGAAGCUGAAAUAUUACAUGCUGAUACAAUUAUGGAAUUAGAAAAAACACGUAAAUUAUUAAAUAUUCAAUAUAAAAUAAAUCAAGAUUAUCAAAUAGAAUUAAAACAAUUAAAUGAUAAAUAUAAUGAAUUAAAAUUACAAUCAAAUCAAUAUUUAAUAGAACAAAAACAAUUAUUAGAUAUAAGUUCUAAACGAAUAAAACAAUUAGAAUAUCAAUUAUCGAAUUUCAUUUAUGAUAGAUUUAAUAAACAUAAGAAUGAUCAAUUUUCAAAUGAUACGCUAACAACAGAAGAUGCUUUAAAACCAGGAGAAAGCUUAAUUGAGUUACAUAUAGGUCAAUUAUAUUUGUUACCAUCGUUACUAUCUAAACAUUAUCCAAUCAUAUCCUCUAAUAUCAAGGAUAAUAAUCAUAAGAAUGAAGAACCAAUUCAAUUAUUUUUAACAUGGGAUUUUUAUGAUUAUGAAACACAAGCAACAUCAAUUCAACUUGUACAUGAUUCAAUUGAUUUCAAUAUGACAAUACAAUAUCCUAUAGAAGUGAAUGAUACAUUAAUGAAUUAUUUAAUUAAGGAACCAUGCACUGUGGAAAUGCAUCAAGUUAUCAAUUCUAAUUAUCGUACUAUCGCUGUUGGAAAACUUAAUUUUUCACAAUUAUUCACUGGUAAAGAUGAUAAUAUAGAAUUACCUGGUCAUGGUAGUGUUAUCCGUCGACAUGAUCAAUUAGAUUUAUACCUUAUUUCUAUGAAUAUAAAAGAGAUGAAUAAUGUUAAUGAAAAGAUAAAAAUAGGAACAUUAGAUUAUUGGAUAAGAUUAUCUGCACCAAUGCCAGAUUCUAUUAAACUUUAUCAAGAAAGAUUUCAACAAUUGCCUAAAUCUAUAUCAUCUAAUCAACCAGAUCUAUUAUCAGUCAAUUCUUCAAAGAAUAUACUUACUAUUGAAAUUGUGAAAAUGACCAAUUUAUCAAAGAAUUAUUUAGGAUAUUUACCAUCAAUUUAUUUUGUAUAUCAAUUUUAUAAUCAAUUAGAAUAUGCUUCAAUGAUAAUAAAAGAGAAUGUAACACCAAUAUUUAAUGAUUAUCGUACUAUUCUAUUAGAUAUGAAUGAUAAACUGGAUAAUUAUCUAAGGACAGAGAAUUUAAACAUUUACAUUGUGGAUAAUUCAGAUCCUUCACCUGAAACAAGUUGUAUCGGUUUAGCUAUAAUUCCAUUAAUUGGUUUAAUUAAUAAAAAUCAAAAAAUUGAUGGUGUAUUUGAAAUAUUCCCAUUAACUGCAUUCACAAAUAAACCACCACCACCACCACAACAACAACAACAACAACAACAACAACCACCACAACAACAACAACUAUCUAAUCCAUUGGGGAAAUUCAAUCAAAUCGAUAAAAAUCAGCCUAAUUGUGGUUUAUUAUAUUUAAAAAUGUACUGGCAACGACCUUAUACUACUACUAAUACUAUGACUACGACGACGACAACAACAACUUCCAACAAUCUUAAGACUCUGGUAUAUAACCAACCAAAUAGGGAAGAAUCCAAAGAUUUAGAAAUGGAACCAGUGAAACAAGCUGCAGAGAAACCCUACAUAACACAAUAUGAAUCUCCUAAGGAAACUUACUUGCAGUCAAAAUCCUCAUCUGAUGUCUCGUUUACACAAUCUAACGAUAAACUACAUCCUUCUGAUAAUCUACCAAAUAGUUCAACUAAACAAAAUCAGAAUACAACUAAUCUAGAUCAAGUCAUUAUUAAAGUCCCUGAAAUAACUGACAAUAAAACAGAUAACCAGAUCUUAAUUCAUUCAAAUGAUCAUUCAAAAAUCAAUAAAAGAACUGAUGAAACAUUAUCAUCUUCAAUACUAAAUCAAUUAGAAAAUUCUAAAGAGAAAUUAAUUGUUCCAACUCCACAUCCAAGAACAAGAAUAAAUGAAUCCUAUGAUAUUCUUUCAAAGAAUGCUAUCAAUAAUAAUGAUCCACAUUUAAAACAAUCAUCCAUUAUUCAAUCUAAUUCUAUAGAUGAUAAUCAUGUAAAAAUUGAAUUACAUAGUUUACAAUUAACAAAUUUAUCAAAAAUUAAUCAAUCAAUAUUCAAUCAAUUAUUUAUUGAAUAUUCAUUUCUUGGUUAUAAAGAACCAUUUGAAACGGAUACCUAUCCAUUAAUUGAAUGGAUAGAUAAUAAUAAUCAUAUAUUAAAAGCAAAUUUCUAUUAUAGUAAAACAUUUCCAGUUGAUUAUACAAAGAAUUAUGAACGUAGACAAUAUUUAGCAAGUUAUCUAUUACCAGAAGAUCCAAAUAAUGGUAAUAUAAUAUUUAUUCUUGUUAGUGAACCAUCUACAACAACAACAACACAGUCGGCUGAAUGUGAAGAGAUUGGUUAUGCAAUGAUUAAUAUAAGACAAAUAAUACGAGAUAAUUGUGAUAUAGAUCAUUUAUAUAUACCAAUUACAGCUACUAAAACUGUCAAUGGUGAAACAGAGAGUUUAAGUGAAAUUGGAAGACUUUGUGUAUCAUUUUAUGGUUUAUCAGCACUUCGUGCAAUCAUUGCUGAAAUGCCUCAAGUUAAAUUGGCUAUUUAAUCAAUUGAUCAAUUACACAGUUCCAAAUACAAUUAUUCAGUCUUAUAAAAAAUAUUCCAUAAUAUAUGAUUACUAUUUUCAUUUUCAUUGUAAAACGACAUUUCCAUAGAAAAAAUAUUUUUAUGGAGAA